CAGGUUCAGGAGUGGAAAAAUGAAGGCAGUAAAAGAUACAUGUGCACUGGUCGGCCAGGUUGGUUAACUGUAUCGCUUCGUGUUGGAAAGUAUAAGAAGAUUCACAAGAACAUCAUGAUCAACUUGAUGGAUGUUCUGGAAGUGGACAGUGAAAGACAGGUUGUCCUUGUGGAACCUUUGGUCACCAUGGGUCAGCUGACUGCACACCUAAAUCCUAUGGGCUGGACUAUUCCUGUGGUACCAGAACUCGAUGAUCUCACAGUAGGUGGUCUGAUCAUGGGAACAGGCAUUGAGUCUUCGUCCCAUAUCUAUGGACUUUUUCAACAUACCUGUGUGGCCUAUGAGCUUGUUCUUGCUGAUGGAAGCCUUGUGAGAUGCUCACCAACUGAAAAUUCAGACCUAUUUUAUGCAGUGCCUUGGUCUUGUGGUACUCUGGGUUUCCUGGUUGCAGCAGAAAUAAAAAUGAUUCCUGCCAAGAAAUAUGUAAAAUUACAUUAUGAGCCUGUGAGAGGACUGCAGAAGAUUUGUGAAAAGUUUACUGAGGAAUCUAAGAAAAAGGAGAACGGUUUUGUGGAAGGACUUGUAUAUUCUUUGAACGAAGCGGUCAUCAUGACAGGAGUCUUGACCGAUGAAGCUGAACAAGACAAGAUAAACAGAAUUGGCAACUACUACAAGCCAUGGUUCUUCAAGCAUGUGGAAAAGUAUUUGAAAGCUGACAGAACUGGAAUAGAAUACAUUCCCGCAAGGCAUUAUUACCAUAGGCAUACCCGUAGUAUCUUCUGGGAGCUCCAAGAUAUCAUUCCUUUUGGCAAUAACCCUAUUUUCCGUUACCUGUUUGGCUGGAUGGCUCCUCCAAAAAUCUCUUUGUUAAAACUGACCCAAGGAGAAGCUAUUCGAAAGCUGUAUGAGCAACAUCACGUUGUGCAAGACAUGUUGGUCCCAGUGAAGAGCCUUGAAAAAUCUGUCCAAACCUUCCACGUUGAUCUUAAUGUAUACCCUCUUUGGUUAUGUCCUUUCAUAUUGCCCAAUAAUCCUGGUAUGGUCCACCCAAAAGGGGACGAAGCAGAAUUGUAUGUGGAUAUAGGAGCUUAUGGAGAGCCCAAAACAAAACAAUUUGAAGCCCGAGCUUCAAUGAGACAAAUGGAAAAGUUUGUAAGAAGUGUUCAUGGUUUCCAGAUGCUGUAUGCAGAUUGCUAUAUGACCCGUGAGGAAUUCUGGGAUAUGUUUGAUGGUUCGUUAUACCAUAAGCUGAGGGAGCAAAUGAAUUGCAAGGAUGCCUUUCCGGAAGUGUAUGACAAAAUUUGCAAAGCUGCAAGGCACUGAGCCUGAAUAAUCUGCUAAUCAAGCAAUCAGGGAAAGAUGGGUUUACCUAU